AUGGACUUCACGUCCAAUGCGGCAGAGACGUUUGUGACAGCCUAUUACGCAGCGUCUGACUCGCCACAACGGUCGCAACUGCUUCCUUCACUGUACCUACCAAACUCAAGUGUAUCCUGGAAUGGCAACCCCAUCAGCGGUGCUGCCCAGUAUGCACAAUGGCUGGAGGCGCAGCCUGGGUCUCGCCACGAGAUCCAGUCCUUUGACUGCCAUCCACUUGGCCCAUAUAAUGCUCAUGGGACUGUCGCUCAUUAUACACCCGAAAGCAUUGUAACCAAGGACCCAAGCAAUGCGCCCAAGUCGGCUACGUCUACAGGCGGUGGAUCUAAGAAAAAGUUUGAUGCUGAUGCUCCGAUUGAAUCUUACCCGCGGGUCUUCUCUCAAACCUUUGUCCUCAUCAAUGGUGCUGGCACCAACACAGAAGGUGGCGUUCCAUUCGUAUGGACACCUGCCAAAAACAAUAAAAACAAGAAUCAGACGGAUCCUGAUUUGCGCACUGUUGCCAAGUACUUUAUUCAAGCCGACAGUCUGCGAUUCGUGGGUUGA